GUCAUUCUUCAUUUAUUUUCAAUCUAGAACUUUUAGAUACUUGACACAUAUAUGUAUGUGAUCACUUCAUUUCGGGUUUUGUGAAGAUGGGUGUUGAAAAGUUUGGAUUUUUGAUUUGGGUUUCUUGCUUAAUCUGCCUCUGCCAUGGAUACGUACCUGUGAAUAAUUACCUCAUCAACUGUGGAUCAUCAACCAACGUCACUGUCACUGGUCGAGUGUUUAUCUCUGAUAAGCUUGCUUCAAACCUCUUAACCUCUCCUAAUGAAAUCCUCGCCGCGAGUAAUCGCAAUUCGAAUUCAGAUAUUUACCAGACGGCGAGAAUCUUCACCGGAGUUUCUAAGUACAGAUUCUCCGUCACUAGAGGCCGUCACUGGGUUCGUCUCCAUUUCAAUCCUUUUCAGUACCAAAACUUCCAAAUGGGUUCAGCCAAAUUCUCUGUUUCUUCACAAACACAUGUCCUCUUGAGUGAUUUCACUGGGAAAUCCAGAGUUAUGAAGGAGUACUCUCUGAGUGUAGCUGCGGAUCAUCUCGAGCUCACGUUUACUCCCUUGGGUGAUUCGUUCGCCUUUGUGAAUGCGCUCGAGGUUGUAUCGGUUCCUGAUACGUUGAUCAGUGGCGAUCCUUCAUUUGUAGGCAGUCCCGGGAAGUUUCAGGGCAUGUCAUGGCAAGCUCUUGAGACUGUUUAUAGAGUGAAUAUGGGCGGUCCGCGUGUUACGCCUAGUAAUGAUACUCUUUCGAGAAUUUGGGAGCCUGAUUCUGAGUUUAUAGUGGAGAAGAAUCUAGUUAAGAUUGUGUCUAAGAUUGCAAGUGUUAAUUAUGUUCCUGGUUUUGCUACAGAGGAGACUGCCCCAAGAACUGUUUAUGGUACUUGCACCGAGAUGAAUUCCGCGGAUAACCCGUCUAGCAAGUUCAAUGUGACUUGGGAUUUCGAUGUUGACCCGGGUUUUCAGUACUUUCUACGGUUUCAUUUCUGCGAUAUUGUGAGUAAAGCACUAAACCAGCUUUACUUCAAUCUGUAUGUCGACUCUAUGUUGGUUGUUGAGCAUCUCGAUUUAAGCUCUUAUUUAUCCAACACUUUGAGCGGUGCAUACUCGAUGGAUUUUGUCACCGGAUCAGCUAAACAGACUAAAAGAAUCCGUGUGAGCAUCGGUCCAUCGAGUCUUCACACGGAUUACCCUAAUGCGAUUCUAAACGGAUUAGAGAUCAUGAAGAUGAAUAACUCCAAAAGUCAGCUCAGUAACGGGACAUUUUUGCCUAGUGGUUCAAGUUCAACCACUAAGAAGAAUGUUGGUAUGAUCGUUGGUGUAACGGUUGGCUCAUUCCUUGCUUUAGUGGUUUUAGGAGGUUUCUUUUUGCUGUACAAGAAACGAGGACGAGACCCGGAUGACCAUUCAAAGACUUGGAUUCCGUUGUCUUCCAAUGGAACAACUUCAUCCUCAAAUGGAACUACAAUUGCAAACCCGACACUUACUAGAGAGAUGGUAAAUCUAGCGGAAUGGGCGAUGAAAUGGCAGAAGAAAGGACAUCUUGAACAUAUCAUCGAUCCGUCACUGCGAGGUAAAAUCAGACCUGAUUCGCUAAGAAAGUUUGGUGAAACAGGGGAGAAAUGUUUAGCUGAUUACGGAGUCGAUAGACCAUCAAUGGGAGAUGUGUUGUGGAAUCUUGAAUACGCUUUACAGCUACAAGAAGCUGUCAUUGAUGGUGAUCCAGAAGACAGCACAAACAUGAUCGGUGAGCUACCUCUACGGUUCAAUGAUUAUAACCAUGGAGACACGAGUGUUAACGUUUCUGUAGCUAAAGAGGGACAGUUUGAUGAAGAAGAAUCGAGUGUUGAUGAUAGUUCAGGUGUUUCCAUGAGUAAAGUUUUCUCGCAGCUGGUUAAAUCUGAGGGACGCUAAAGAGAUGAUAAAUUUCCAGGAAUCCUUAUUGGAACCAGAAUAUAGCAUAUUUGUUCUCCUCUAGCUUUUCUUCUGUACAUUUUUAAAGAUUAGACUAUGAUUUUCAUUCAAUGACCAAUAUGAUUUUCCAUCAGCUGUUACAUCUUAACCAAAACCGGUUUAUGUAUUAAUAAAGGAAUUGAGUCGGU